AAACCGAAAGAAAAAACACAAAACAAUCACCAUCAAACAGAUUUAACGACAAUGUCUCCGGUUCUAAGCCGUUGGACCAUUUGUCACCCAACAAACACUGGCACUGGAGUUCUGAAGUUACCGCCAACGAAGCCAGAGGCAAUUUCCCCCGCGUUGAACAGUUUCGGCUUUUCACGCGGCUGUUUGCCUUUUUGUCCCGUCUGUUGUUCAACGCGCCAUAAACUUCCCUUAAAUCGCUGCAGCCAGCGCUCAGAAUGGAUCGCCGCUAUAAUAUAUCGAUCACCCCGCAACAUUGCGGUGGUGGCGGCGGCCUGCGACCCGAGCCGAAGCCGACCACCUUCAAGGCGGCGGUGACCCACCGCCGGAGAAGAUCAAAGCGAGUUUGCCGCCUUUGCGAGAACGAGUCUCUGACUCUGAUAAGAAGCAUCGAUCAUCAUUGGGAGAUUCUGUCGUCUUACGACGCGACGACUUCGUCGUUGGUGUCGGAUCGGCUUUGGUGACACAUGCAGUUAAUAAUAUUGAUUCGGAAGAAGAUGAAUGCACCGCAUGGGUGUAUUGGUAUUGCAACGAUCGUGCAACCAAUCAGCAACGAGUGACGGCGGCUGCGCGAGCAACAGCAUAGUCGAUGAUCGACUUGGUCGAUUCCUUUCAAUGGACGAUCGCCCGACAAGCGAAGAAGCGAACGAAGCGGAUGGCGUAAAAGAGGGUGGGCGUGGUUUACAAUGCACGCGGUAGUAUGGAAUGAGAGAACCCUGCACUACUGUGUGGAAGGAAUGGUGGAACGUGCAAGCGGACGAUGGAAAAAUGGAAACGGCGAAGACGACGACGCCGCCGGUUUGGUUGGGUAAAGAACCUGCCGAACGUGCGAGUGCGUCAGUCAGUAAGGUGCUAGCUUCUCAAGGAGAAACAUCUCGCUCUCUUCUCAGCAAAACUGGUUUCGAGGGACGGUUGCUACUUUUUUGUUGCUUUCUGUGGUUUUGAGAUUAUCUUUGGAAAGUCCGACGACGAAGAACAGUGGGAGAGUGCAAACAGAAGCGAAGUGUGAUCGGUUGCAGUCAAGUGAAUGUUUAUUUUGAUUGCCGGUUGAGGAGUUUAUGUUGUUUGUUUGCAAUUCAGGCAGCGGAGAAGAAGUGUUUGCUUUGGGACUGUUGACCGACAAGGGAAACUUGUGGAGUGUGUUGAUACCGGAUUGACGGAAGAACCGAUAGCCGGCUGUUGAGAGUGACAUUUUUAGUGGAACGCGAUCAAGUUGGCGCUAGUUGGAGGAUUCAGCGAUAAAAUGGCAGUGGCGAGUUUGAACAUGUCGCCGAUCUUCUCCGGAUACCCGUUCCAAGGUCAGGGACGUGUGAACCAGCUCGGAGGAGUGUUCAUCAACGGGCGCCCCCUGCCCAAUCACAUUCGGCUGAAGAUUGUGGAAAUGGCGGCGGCCGGAGUGCGGCCUUGUGUGAUUUCGCGGCAACUGCGCGUUUCGCAUGGAUGCGUCUCGAAGAUCUUGAAUCGUUACCAGGAGACCGGGUCAAUCCGACCGGGAGUUAUUGGAGGAUCUAAGCCGAGAGUUUCCACACCGGAGAUCGAGAACAAGAUCGAAGAGAUGCGUAAGGCCAAUCCGGAGAUCUUCAGCUACGAAAUUCGCGAGAGGUUGAUCAAGGAGGGAAUCUGUGAUAAGGAUUCAGCUCCUUCGGUGAGCUCGAUCAGUCGGCUGUUCCGUGCAAGUCGUCAGGAUGAUGAUCGCCGUGGAAACCACUCGAUCAAUGAAAUUCUCGGAGGUUCUUCUUGCGACGAUGAAAGCGAUACCGAUACGGAGCCCAACAUCCAGCUCAAGAGGAAGCAGCGCCGUUGCCGAACAACCUUCAACGGAGAGCAGCUGGAAGCCUUGGAAAUUGCAUUUGCUAGAACUCAGUACCCAGAUGUCUACACCCGGGAAGAACUUGCCCAAAAGACUCGGCUCACCGAAGCCCGUGUCCAGGUCUGGUUCUCCAAUCGCCGAGCUCGUCUACGCAAACACAUGAACUCCCAGCAACUUGCGGCCUUCAACUCCCAGUACCCUGCGCAGUUCGAGCACCAAGCAGCUGCCUCCGCUGCGGCUGCUGCUGCAGCAGCUGCUCCAACAAGCUCAGCAGGAUUCCCAGCAAGCAUGCAAUCCUGGAGCCAGGCCUGCUACCCACCAACCAAUCAAACCUCCAUCCACGCUGCUUCCCAAACGGCCUACAACCCUCUGGCCCAAACCAUGAUCCAUCCCACGUCAGCUACCAUGAGCCCACCGGCAUCCCUCAGCCCACCGACUUCAAUCAGCCCGGCGCACAACCAAAUUUCCUCCGCAUCUGCCCACGCCUCAUCCUCUCCUUCAGCGCAGCACUCGUCUGCCACCUCCUCCAACUACAACUACUUCCCAAUGCUGGACAACUCCCAGUCCUACGCAACCACCGCAUCCUACGCCACGGCCAACAACACCGCCAACGCAUCCGCCUCCAUCGACAACUCCUCAUCGCAAUGGCGCUCGUCACAUUCAACCCACAACAAAGCCACCACCGAAUGGGACGCCUACAGCUCGUUCUUCUCGAACAACAUGAACCACCACCAUCACCCGCACCAUGCUUACUCCGCGGCAGCGGCUGCCGCCGCCGAAGCCAAGUCCGGCUAUCCCUACUUCGGCCAACUCGGAGGCCUGGACAUGAGCCGCCUGCACUGAACCUAAAACAAAAACACCCAUACAAUAAAUUAAUCAUAGUUUACUCACACCGAUCAACUGGGAUGACUGGCGCGUUGGACAAUGCAUGAUGCACAGUGAACAAAAUGGGAAGGAAUGACACGUGUUCGGCUGCAUAACCGCGUCCUAGAUUCCACGUGCGACUCAAACGACGGAGCCGUCGGCACGCGCAAUUUUGUUACUUUUUUUUAGCAGUGUAGGUGCGCGCCCCCGUAAAAAAAAAUGCAUAAUUCAUCCCACUUUUGGUACCGUGUGUGCGGGGAAACCAACCACCGCGUUUGAGCGUUUGAGCUUGACCGCGCAACUAGCGAAAUUUCAGGGCAGCCGAGCCGAGAGGGAGUUCAUAAAUAUUCAACCGGGGUGCAUUCGCUUCGGUUUGCUGCUGCUGCUGCUAUCUCGUUAUCUUUUAAGGGGUUUAAGCCGUUUCUAGCGUUUUAAGUUCGUUGUUGCUGGUCUGAAAUUAUGUGUACAUAUGUAGUACCUUGGCUAAUUUUUAUGGGCGUUUGUAUGGCCGGCCACGGCGCGGCGGCAUAAGCGCAGUGUAAAUAUUUGGAUUCCGAGGUGCCGAUAGUGGGUGCCCAUUUUUCGUUCAAAUUUAUUAGGCGAUAAGGUUUAUGUCUGACCAGGAUAGUUUGUAGCAAAAGGGUAGAAAAGAAUGGCUGGCGUGUGCGCAGCCAACGAAUAAUGGGGAAGUGUAAAAUAUGACAACAAAUACAAAUUGAGAGAAACUUUAUCAGACUGGUUAAGGUUAGUUAUGAGAAAAGUUAAAUGUUUCGACUAUUGCAAAAUUAGUAGACAUUAUUUCCUUACAUUAGACGAGAAGAUGAGAGGAUAUUUAUAUAUACGAGGUACAAAGAGAUUCAGAUGAAUAAUAAACAGUUCAAAAAUACACAUAUCGUUGAAUGACUUAUUUUGGAAUUGAAAGAAAUUCACAAGCACAAUUCU